AUGCCUUCCACCCGCCCCCGCGUCCUGAACUUCGUCACGGGCAACCGGCACAAGCUCCGCGAAGCCGCCGCCAUCCUCAGCGGCCACGUCGAGCUGCGAAGCCGAUCCGCAGCCGACGUGCCGGAGAUCCAGGGCACGCCGCAGGAAAUCGCAGCCGACAAGUGUCGCCGCGCCGCCAUCGCUGUCAACGGCCCAGCUCUGGUGGAGGACACGGCCUUGGAGUUGCACGCCCUCAACGGCAUGCCGGGGCCGUACAUCCGGCCGUUCUUCACGGCGAUUGGCAACGACGGGCUGCGCAGCCUCUUGGCCGCGUACGACGACAAGGCCGCGACGUCGGUUUGCGUGCUCGCGUACUGCGACGGCCCGGGGGAGGAGCCCAUCAUCUUCGAGGGACGGUGCACCGGGGCGAUUGUGGCGCCGAGGGGGAGUAACGGGUUCGCGUACGACCCGAUUUUUGAGUAUGAGGGGAAGACGUUUGCGGAGAUGGAUCCCGCGUUUAAGAAUCGGGUGUCGGACCGGUAUGAGGCGUUGAACAAACUGAGGCUGUGGUUGGACGGCGCGCCGGAGAGCUGA